AUGGUAGCGAAUAACAGGCAGCUUCAAAGAUGCGGCAAAAGACUUCCCAGAUACUGUGAUAUCAACAACGAUAGGAAAAUCAGUAUGACAGAAUGGUUCAGUUGUCUGAAUGCACAACGAUCUGCAACAGGUGAUUAUUUGAAUUGAUUCGUUCGUAUAAUUUUACAAUCAGAGUUAUAUGAUUUUCUUUUUUUCAAAUUGAAAAUUUUAUACAAUUUCAGCCGAGAACACGGAAAAAACAUCAACGAGCAAACCGAAGAGAACAGGUCCGAAUCCCUUGGAUCAGUUUCUUAAGAACGACGAUGACUGA